GCUUUGGAAGACCAGGUAUGGGACCUGCUGCAUGAAGCAGACAAAGUUGCAGAAGAGAACAAAGACAAGAGUCAGGUCUAUGAUGCCAUGGCAGACACUCUUGGGGAUGCAUGGGAUGCCCUCAUCAUUAUGUUAGAGAAACGACAGACUCUUCUGGAACUUACUUCUGUGUUCUUUGAAAAUGCUCUGGAGUUUGCUGUUAAAAUUGACCAAGUUGAAGACUUCCUGAAAAAUGCUCAAGAGUUUGACAAUAUUGACUCUUUGAGAGAACUUCUUCUGCAACAAGAACAUCAUACAAGAGAACUUUUGGAAAAGUCAUUUGCACUUUUAAACAAAAGCCAUGAGCUAACUGAAUUCAUAGAAGAAUUCAAAUGUGAGGGGCCAAAUGCAAAUCCGGAGCUGAUUCAGGGAGCCCACAGCAGCUGCUUGAAAAUUGACAAUCUCCUUGAAAUGCUCCAAGACAGGAGGCGGCAACUGGACAGAUUUCUUAAGCAUCAGCGCCAAGGACUGGAGCAGGUUCUGCAGAUUUGUUUGUGGCACCAACAAGAGAACCAGGUAACAUCUUGGUAUAAGGAAAACAUCAGAGAUUACUUUCAGAAGCAAAACUUAGGGUCAUCUCUAUUGGAAAAUGAAGAGUUACUUCAAGAGCUUGAAGAAAUGGAAGUCAGAGUGAAGGAAUGGAAUUCCACUGUGGAGCAACUGGAAGGUGAAGCAUUUAGGAUCUUGCUUUCAGAGGACUAUACAGAAAAAGAACAUCUAAAGCUUUCAAAUCAGAAGGUCUGUCUGUUGCGAGAAGAAGUGUACUUCCAUAUGGAAGAAAGGAAAUCCCUGCUGCAAGAGGCCAAUGACUUUUUUCAUGCUGCUGGCAAGGUACUUGAUGGUCUUGAAGGUAUUGAGAAUUACUGUAAAACCUUUAAUUCAGAAGGCUUACAUUUGCCUAUCUUGACAAUGAAGUACAAGGAAUUACAGGAAGUAAUUAAAGGUUGCGCAGUGACUACCUUGCAAAAAGGACAAACUUUAGUUAACAAAGCAGAUUCUCACAGCUCUUGGGUGACAGGAAUUCAGAAAAUGAUGGAAUAUGUUAAAAAAAAUGUUGAUCAAUUAAUCAGGCAAUGUCCAGAUUAUAAAGAACUUACUUUGAAGAAAGAACGAUGGACUGUCUCUCUUGAAGAUCAUCUCAAUAAGGUGUUGCAAUCGAUUAAAAAGAUCGCCCCGGUGCUUGCGGCUGGUAUGGAGAUUGGCUCCUAUUUGUGUGAGUCAGAAAGAGUUUUGAACAAACAUCUUGAACUGGCUAAACAAACAAAGGAAACUUCAUAUGAACUGGAAGCAGCUGAAAGAAUCAUCAAAGAUUUGGAAGAGUUGGAACCUGAGCUAGUGGCAGCUUUUUCUAGCAGAACGGACUUUCUGAAUAAAGAACUGAAAAACAUUGAAAAAAAUCUUAAUUCAAAACUAGAAAUUCUAGAAGCUUAUGUGGCCUUUUUAAAGUCAGCUGUAGAGGUGAAUGAUGAUAUUAAAAAUCUGAAGGAAUUCUAUAAAUCAGAACCACUACAAACAAACAGGGAGGCUGAAAAUAAAAUUGCAAUGGAUUCAACUAAUACUCACUGGCAAAAGACUAUAAAAAAGAUUUUUUCCACACAAAAUAUGGGCUGCUAUUUUCUGAAUUUAGUAAAUGUGGUAAAUAAGAGUUUAAUAUCAAAAGUAGAAAAAUCUGUACAAGUAACAGAAGAUAUAAUUGUUAAUCUGAGUAAAGAAAGGAAAGCACUGACUGAUCUUUGGGCAAUCUGGAAUUUUAAAAUUACUCAAACUACCCAUGGAUUCGAGAUUCUUCAAGAGGCCCUCCAGUUUGCAGCACCAGUUGACCUUGGAAGUGACCUCUUAAUUGUUUUAGAACUACAGAAAAAGCUUAACCAAAUGAAACCACAGUAUCAGCAACUGAAUGCUGAGCUUGAGUACCUGAUAAAAUUACUAGAAUUGCCAAGCCAGAAAGGAUUUCCUGUGAAAGAGGAUGCCGAGAGAAUAAGUGAGCUUAUUCAAUUCCAUCAAACAGUAAAGGAUGUAAUGAUAGAAUAUGAUGAGAUUUUCAACAAGACAGUCAAAUUCCAUCACAUUAAAAAAGAACUGGAAUGUCUUUCAAAAUCAGGAGAACUGGAUAUUCCUGAAACAUCUGAGGAUCCUGAAAUUAUGCACCAUGCUAAAGCCUACCUUGUGAAUUCCCAGGAGAAACAUGCACAUAUCAGAGAGCUAUAUAAACUACUUAUUACCCAGGGCGUGGAUAUCUUGUCUGCAGUGCAGCAACCCAAUUGCUUGAAUGUUUCUGUAAAGAAUCUGAAGCAAGAACUUGCCAGGUUUGAGUGUGAUAGCAUUAACUGGAGCUCAAAAGCUGAGAAAUAUGAGGAAGAACUGUCACAGCAUUUCCAACACUGGAACACUCAAGAGGAGAUAAAUGAGCUCAGAGAAUCAUUUAAGGAUCUCAAAAAGAAAUUCAACAAUUUGAAGUUUAACUAUAUGAAGAAAACUGAAAAAGCUCGAAAUCUGAAAGUACUUAAAAUACAGAUUCAGCAAGUUGAUACAUAUGCAGAAAAAAUACAGAUUCUUAAAAAGAAGAUGGAUAAUUUAGAGAAGAAAGUAAUUGACUCUUCUGCAAAUGAACCUAAUGCUAAAGUUGGAGUCCUCGUAGGGUUAAUCAAUGACUUACAGAAGCAGCAGAAUGACUUUAGCAUGGUUGUGGAAGAUUACAAGCAAAAUCUGGAUUUCAUGGAGCAUCUGCAAGAGAUGAUGACGGAGUGCCAGUUUUGGUUUGAAGAUGUAAGCGCAACAGUGAUUAGAGUUGGCAAGUAUUCUGCAGAGUGCAAAACAAGAGAAGCAAUAGAGACACUCUAUAAGCAAUUCAAUAAGUUUAUUGAGCCUACAGUGCCUCAACAACAAGAAAAAAUUCAGCAGAUGAUGGACCUCGCUAAGCAGUUAUAUGGUACUGAAGAAGGAAAAAAGUAUGUUGAAAAAACUGUAUUGAGGUACAAAGAAAUCAUUAGUUCUGUUGAUGAGUUGUGUAGAUCUCUGAGAGAACUUAAGGAGAUAAAGAAAGAUGAGUUUUCUGAAGUGUUGGUUACUGCUCAAAAACAAGAAGUAAAUGGUCAAGAAGCAUGUGAGACUGUUAAAGACAAAGCAGUGGAGCAAAAGCAGCAGGAGAUGAAUAUAUUGGCUGAUAUUCCAGUUAUGCGUCCAGCUGGUGAGGAUCUUGUUUCACAGGAUACAGAGCUGUCAUCUACAACCAAAGAGGAUAGUUUACAGACUGAAUUCCUGACAGAAGAAACACCCUCUGGAGAUGAAUAUGAGUGUAUAUCACCUGAUGAUAUCUCUUUGCCACCACUUUCUGAUACACCAGAAUCCAACCUCUUGCAUUCUGAAACAGAGCUAGAAGAGCAGUGCUGUUGUAGUUCUCAUAGUCUGCAUGUCAGUUCCUAUAGCUUGCAAAUGCAGAAAACUACUAGUAUGAAAAAAGUGUCAGAAGCAUCUGAUCUCUUAACAAAUUCUGCUUUUGCUGAUGCUACAAAUAAUAGAAUGGAAAGCCCAUCAGAUCACUCUGAGAAGAUUUGUAUCUCUUCAACAGAUUCUGGUCCAAAAGUCAGAGCAUUAUCUCCUUUGACUUGCAGUUUACCAGGAAUAUCUGAAGCUAACCUUGCUUCUUGCACUAUAAAAGCUAAACCAGUAUAUAGCAUGAUGAGUGAAGUGUGCAAAACACAUUUGAAUCACCUUGAAGUUCAUAAAAGCAUGACAGAAGCACAAGAACAAUUGCAUGACUUGAAUAAUUGUACUAAACCCCAGGACAGACUGCAUGCUUUGCCUGAUGCAUUCUCAGGUUUCAUGUUUCAAUCAGACACCACCAGAAGCUGUCAGAGGCAGAUGGUUACCCGAGAAGAGAUUAAAAGUUCAUCAGAAAAGAACAGCAUGGCCAGUCUAACUGGACAGGUGCCUAACUUCUCCCAGCUUCUGUCUAACAAAACCGUCAUGGAAGGUUCUCCGGUAACUUUGGAAGUAGAAGUAACGGGAUUCCCAGAGCCUACACUGACAUGGUACAAGAAGGGCCAGAAACUGACUGCAGAUGAGCACUUAAAGCUUUUGCAAAAGGAGACAAAGCAUACUUUGUUCAUUCAGAAGGUGUGUGAUAAAGAUGCUGGCCUCUAUGUUGUUCGGGCUAAAAAUCUGAACGGCACUAUCUCAUCAAGUGCCAUUCUUCACGUGAAAGGUAACAGGCCACCUAUUAAAAGAAUAGACUGGAUAGUGCUGUGUGUCAUCUAUAUUAGCAUAUCACUAAUGUACUGGCUAUUCACAAAAUAA